AUGGCACCUACCGCACUCCGCGAAUCUCCCACUCCUCCCCCUGCCGCCGUCACCAAGGCCAGCGGCAAAGCCCUCGAGGACCUCUCCGACGCCAUCGACGACGUCAACAGCAUCAAGUACGACUCGGCCUCGCAGUUCGACGCCGCCAAGGACAAGGCCGCCUUCCGGCAGUACGAGACGGCCUGCGACCGCGUCAAGGCCUUCUACCGCGAGCAGCACGCCAAGCAGACCGUCGCCUACAACCUCGCCGCCCGCGCGCGCUUCCGCUCCGCCGCGCGCCCGCGCCCGCGCCUCACCGUCUGGCAGGCCAUGGAGCGCCUCGACGCCCUCGUCGACGAGUCCGACCCGGACACGUCGCUCUCCCAGAUCGAGCACCUGCUGCAGUCCGCCGAGGCCAUCCGCCGUGACGGCAAGCCGCGCUGGAUGCAGGUCACCGGCCUCAUCCACGACCUCGGCAAGCUCAUGCUCUUCUUCGACGACCUCGGCACCCAGGGCCAGUGGGACGUCGUCGGCGACACCUUCCCCGUCGGCUGCGCGUUUGACCCCCGCAUCGUCCUCGCCGAGGAGACCUUUGCGGCCAACCCGGACGCGCGCGACCCGACCUACAGCACGCCGCUCGGCAUCUACGCGGAAGGGUGCGGCCUGGACAACGUCAUGCUCAGCUGGGGCCACGACGAGUAUCUCUACCACGUCGUACGCGACCAGUCCACCCUGCCCGACGAGGCCCUCGCCAUGAUCCGCUACCACUCCUUCUACCCCUGGCACCGCGAGGGCGCCUACCGCCACCUCAUGUGCCCCAAGGACUGGGACAUGCUCAAGGCCGUCCAGGCCUUCAACCCGUACGACCUGUACAGCAAAAGUGACGACGUCCCCAGCGUCGAGGAGCUCAAGCCCUACUACAUGGAGCUGAUUGACAAGUUCUUCCCGCAAAAGGUGUUGCAGUGGUAG